AUUUCAAAGCUUAAGUGUAAAUAUAUUAUGUGUUUUAAUGUUUAUUAGAAAGUGAAUUUUGCGAACGUUCUUUGGAAGAAAAUAAUGGAAUUCCAAUGCUAAAAAUGCAGCAACGUUUAAAACAAGGGACGUAGAAGAAUGCUAUGAUGGCGGAAUUUCUGCCCCUUUGCGACGUUCUAUUCAACGUGAUAUCGUUAGCCGGGUACUUUUGCGAUGUAGUAUUCGAUCUUGUCAUGGGCUACGCUCUCUUAGAGCGGGGUUAUAAGGGCACCUUUGCUGCGACGUUGUCGAUAGUUAUCACAUCACUAUUGAUAUCACAGGUGCUGUCAAUACGCUGGUACCUCCACAUGUGGUGGGCAAGCGAGGGUCGUAAAGGCCGACCGCCCUGGCUGCCUAUAUUGUUGCAUUGUCUGCAAUUGGGAGUCCUCUGGAGGUACGCGAGGUUAUUGGUUCCAGUUGAGCUUAGGCGUGUGAAACAUCAAGUGCGCGAUCUAUGCAUGCUACGGUUAGUCCACGCGUUCUGUGAAGCAGCGCCAAUGUUACUCUUGCAACUGCAUAUUCUGCUGAAGGAAGCUCACCGUGAACCAAUCUCCACGGAAUUGGGGGUGACACCUGAACCCAAUAUUGAUGAACCAGCUGCUAAUAGAGCCUUUGCCGAACUGAAUGUUAUAUCAGCUAGUUUGUCUUUAUUCUCCGUGUGCUGGGCGUUGGCGAGUUUCAGCAAAAAUGUCCGGAUGCAGAACGUACAUCGCUUGGUACUCACUUGGCUUGGGGUUAUAUUUCAAUUCCUGUGGCGGCUCGGGACCAUAUCAGCUCGCGUUUGUUCCCUCACCGUGUACGCUCUAGUCUAUGAAUACUGGGUUUUCUUAGUUAUAGGUCUCCACUGGGUGUCAAUGUUCCUUUGGCUGAUUUCACCGAAGAAUGUGUUCCACGGUGAGAGAAUCAGUCGUCCCAGGAAGGCGUAUCUCUCGGCUCUCAUCGCAUUUGUCUAUGUCUUCGCGUACAUCAACCUUCAGGACACAAAUCAUAGACAAAAAAUGGUGAUAUUCUACUGCGUGAUGAGCAUAGAGAACUGCAUACUGAUCACCGCCUGGUGGUGGUCCGGGGCCAGGGUGGGUCCGCCUCCUUCCCGGCUGGCGCCUGCGACAGCCGCCGCCUUCUUGGCUGGACUCGGCUGUAUGCUGCUCUAUUAUAGGUAUUUUCACGUAAGACGACUUGGCUACAUGUUGGGAGACCAACAAGGCACCAACAGUACCAAUGCCUCUUCAAAUAAUAAAAACGGAAAGUCCUGUCAAAAUGACCACACCGUAAUACCAGGGGUAUUCAAUUGUAGAUUCACUAAUCCUGUUAACAGCAGUGCUGCAAAUGGCCGAAAGAAAAAGAAGCCGACGUCUUUCGUGCCACCUCCCGCGGCUCCCGCACCUGCUGCCUUCUGGCGGAGACCUUUACCCGCGGCUCACAAUCAUCAUGUAAGGGUUCAAACGGCAUGGCUCGGCGGCUCAUCUGAAAACGAAGGCUCAAGCGUCGGCUCCCGCGUCAACAUCCAACAGAAACUACAAGAGAAGAAGCAAAAACAACUCGCGGAACUACGAGUUAUUGAAGAAGAGAUUAAACAGGGGAAAUUGGCGAAAACGACUCCAGUAGCCGUCGAAGAGAUUUACAGCAGUCUACAGAGGCAACCUAUACCCAGGGCCAAAACACACGCGGAACCAGCGUGGCCGAGCAUAGAAGUCACCCACUCCUACCAAAACUACCCAAUCCCAAACUACCCGACGUACACGGAAAUAAACACGGACGCAGAGAAACGCCAGUUUCAAGACAGAACAUUCUACGAAAAUCCAGCAAAUCUACGGGACGGACAAAGUCCAUACAUAAGCCGGACGUACGAGGCGAACAGAAUUAACAGUCCGCGAUUCGCGGACGUCACGUACGACACGGCCACAGAUAAAAGGCAAUACACGGAGGACAGACAGGAAUACGACCAGUUUAAAUACGAGGACAAUGUGCAGGGUAACCCCGAGAAUUUGAGGGUGUACGAGUGCCAGUUUAACUGUGUCUACCCAUAUUCAGGGUUGCAAGGAAAGAAAAUCGAGCAGAUUAAGAAAAUGCAAAGAUGUAGGACCCCGGAAAUAUUGCUGGCGCCGCAUUAUUUGGAGGGGUGCAAUAGACAAGUCUGCUGUCAUUGGCCCAGUACUUAUGGAAGAAAGAAAGAAGAUGGCGGCAGUAGCGCGGAACAAUCCAGUCCGGAGAAUGCGCGUGAGACGCCCAGACCGCCCAGUGAUAUCGAUAGUCAGAUAUCUCUGCCUCGCUCGUACACGUUACCACGUGAGUUCCGCUACUGGAGAAGGCGGCCAAGGUUUAGGGACGCUAAUCUUCCCAGCAAUAAUAGCAGUGAUGGUGAUGUCGACAGCGGAGACAAUGAAAGCGAUCAACGCUCAAAUUGUUCAGCGAGUCAGCUUCAUCCACAAACGUACGGUGAAUUCUACCGACCCCCUGACAUGAUCCCACGAGAUGAGAGAUACGACGGCGUUUAUGGGGCGUGUGAUAGGCGACCUAGACGUGCCAGGAAGCCUGGGCCUAAACCGGAAACUAAGUUAUAGUUUUGCCAUCUGUGGUCCAUAGACAAGACUGAACAAUAUGGAGUUAACAGCUGUCAGUUUGGCACUUGUCAUUUUUCACUGACACACUGUUUAUGACCAUAGUUUUAUCGCUAGUUUUUUUGUUAGUUCAAAGAAAUCAAAGUCAAAAAAUUGUAUGAGUUUACGUCAAUUGUUGAUGUUUUCUUGUAAUAAUGAUUAAACCUUUAUGAAAAGGUCAAUCAUAUUAUCCUUAAACAAUUGCUUUACUAAUUUAUUGCUUAGGAAACCUCAUUAACGAUUAUUAUAAGAUACUAUUACAUUAGACUUUGCACUCGAGGCAUUGUUCGCUCGCAUGAGCCGCCAACUCGAGACGAUUUCGGCCAAAUUAGAUAAACAUCUUUCAGGACCUUUAAAAUGCCAAGUAGCCAUGGCGAACACAAUGGGCCUUGCCUAGCCUUCCUUUUCCAUAUUUUGCUGGGGUUACAACACUCUUUCACUGCUCGUGUCUACACUAGAAAAGGGCGGGCGCCGUAUCGGCGUCGCUUAAGUUGACUUUUCAAAUGUGUUGUGCGCUGCUCGAGUGCAAAGGAAUUAAUAUCAAGUCAACAAAUUGUUUUUGCUCAAAUUUUACUUAUUUAGUUUAACAAACUUUUAAAUUACCUUUGGACAAUAAUAACGCGAUUGAUUUAACGCAAUAUUAAUCGUAUUACUAAGUGCGAAUAUUUAUAUAAGUUUCACUGAGACUAAAAUUUGUAUUAUAUUUAAAAAAAAAUCCGUCCAAUUAUUAGUAAAUUAUACAAAACAACAACAAAACCGAUGGGAGUUUAUGUAAACAAUGUAGAGCUGACUUAUUUUUAUUUUAUACCAAUGGAUACGGAUAGAUGAAAUGUUAGUCCCAAUGCUAUAUUUGCAAGGAAACCAGGGCCGGUUUUAGAGGUCUGGAGGACAACAAAGGGGGCCGUUCAAGUUUACGCUAUAAAAACUAUAGGGGAGAAAUGGUCUUUGAUUUUUUUUAUUUGGCGAUUACGUCAACAGUAAUUAUUAACAUUAUAACACACAUUGUCUCUGCUUUAAAACGAAAUUCAUUUUCGAGGAUUCGUACAAAAAAUUAACACGUUUAUGUACUAUUAUUGUUGAUGGGAUUAAUUGCAGUAAAUCUAUUUACGUAAUACUUGAAUGGCCCCAAACUAUUUUCCAAAAAAAUGAUUAAACAAAAAUUUCAUACGUUUUGCAAUCAUUGAUUUGUUGUAAAACCAAGUAGCUUCUUUUAGUAUUUAACAAACAUAAACAAUAAAAGCUGUUAGAAUUUAAAACAUGUCAAGCAAACCGCCAUUGUCUUGAAUUUCUGAUUUAUUCUGUUAUGUCAACUGUUACACGCUGACCACACCUCACAGGAUCCUAGUUAAAUCACAAUUAGUCCAAAUCAGUUGGCCCGUUGUAUUAAGUACUCCGUAGUAUUUAUUUGGUGUAGCCUAAUUGUACAAAAUGUAAUCGUAAAUGUAAAUAUUGGUGAAAUAAAAGUCUCUUCAAUGUUU